UCUUCUUUUUGCUUCCUUCUUCACUUUAAAUUUCUAAUUACUGAAGCUUCUUCUGAGUAUGGCCUUUUCAUCUUCUGUUUCCCUUCUGCUCUUACAACUCAUGGUUGUUGUUUCCCUCUUUCAUGUCUCCUCUGCCGGGAGAAAGCUCACUGAGUUGGUGCAGGAGCAACCCUUGCUUCAAUACCACAAGGGCUCUCUCCUCUCCGGCCAAAUCUCUGUCAAUCUCCUUUGGUACGGUAAAUUCAAACCUUCCCAACGUGCCAUCGUCGCUGAUUUCAUCACUUCCCUCACCACAACUCAGACGACCCAAACCCAACAACCCUCUGUUCUCACAUGGUGGAAAACCACUGAGAAAUACUACCACCUCAGCUCCAAAAAACCCUCUUCUCUCUCCCUCCACCUGGGUAAACAGCUCCUGGACGAGAACUACUCCUUGGGUAAAUCUCUCACCAGUAAGCAACUCGUUCAGCUCGCUGCCAGAGGCGAACAGAGGAACGCCAUUAACGUUGUCUUGACCGCCUCUGAUGUUGCCGUUGAAGGGUUCUGUCUCAGCAGGUGUGGGACACAUGGUUCUUCUCCAAGUCACCAGAUGAAGAAUGUUCACAACAAGAAGUACAAGUUCGCUUACAUCUGGGUCGGCAACUCAGAGACCCAGUGUCCUGGUCAAUGUGCUUGGCCCUUCCACCAGCCCAUCUAUGGACCUCAGAGCUCUCCUCUGGUUGCACCCAACAAUGACGUUGGCCUCGACGGUAUGAUUAUCAAUCUGGCUAGCCUCUUGGCUGGAACUGCUACGAACCCAUUUGGUAAUGGUUACUACCAAGGAUCUGCAGAGGCACCUCUUGAAGCUGCUUCUGCUUGCCCCGGUAUCUAUGGGAAAGGAGCUUAUCCGGGUUAUGCCGGUGAGUUGUUGGUGGAUUCGACGACCGGUGCUAGCUACAAUGCCCACGGCGUUAAUGGGAGGAAGUACCUUGUUCCUUCCCUGUACGAUCCUACCACAUCUUCGUGCUCGACACUGGUCUAGAUCAACUGUAGCAGUGAAUAGCUAGCUGUAUAUUUCUUGUAAUAGUAGGAGUAGAGAAGGAUAUGGAAUUUAUUGAUUUAUUUGUUCUUUUUGCCCCCUUUAUAAUGGAAGAAUCUAUAAAGCAAAUUAUUUGGGUUUGCUCCUUCAAUCAAAA